UUCUCUCCUAUAUAUUGCAUGCAAAACAAUUACAGAUUAUUCCUUCAUCGGUACUCCGCAACACACGCACACACAUAAAUAUAUAUAUAGAUAGAUAGAUAUAGAUAUAUCACAAAGUAUAUUACAUUAUAUUUCUAUACUCUCUAUAUUUCCUCAUCACUAUUUGAUAUGAUGUUGCCUUUGCUUUCAUUUAUAGCUGUUUUUACUUUCGUUUCGGCAAAUUGGAUUCCGAAUGAUGAAACCUGGGAACUGUACAAAUCCACUUUCAGAAAGGAAUACAGAAAUGCAGAGACAGAAAAUUUCAGACGUGCUAUGUGGGAAGAGAAUGCAAAUUUCAUCAAUAAGCACAAUUUAGAAGCUGAUAUGGGUAUUCACACCUAUUGGAUGGGUAUGAAUGAAUAUGCAGAUCUGAGUAACAGAGAGUUUCAAGAAAUGAUGACUGGUUUUCUUCCCCAGAACCGUAGUAUCGAGACAUCAUUUAUCAGUGACAACCUUGAAUACUUGCCUCGAACGAUGGACUGGAGACAACAUGGAUACGUAACAAGAGUGAAAAACCAGGGAUCUUGUGGCUCAUGCUGGGCAUUUUCCGCUACAGGUUCACUUGAAGGCCAGGUCUUCAAAAAAUAUGGCAGACUGAUUUCGUUGUCGGAACAAGAACUCGUAGACUGCUCUUCAUCAUUCGGAACCAAAGGCUGCCGAGGAGGAUUUAUGAACAAUGCAUUCAGAUAUAUUGAAAGAUAUGGUAUAGAAUCAGAAAGAUCCUACCCAUAUCACGCAAAGAAACAAGUGUGUAAGUAUGACCGUAGGAAAGUAGUCACUUUUGUCAGUUCUUACAUUAAUGUGAACAAGAGAGAGCGCGCACUACAAGUAGCAGUGGCCGGUGUGGGUCCAAUCUCUGCUGCCAUCGAUACCCAUUCCAACGCAUUCCGAUUCUACAAGCAUGGCAUUUACAAAAGAAAUGAUUGUAAUCACCAAGCAAAUCAUGCGAUCUUGGUGGUUGGAUACGGAACAGAAAAUGGACAGGACUACUGGUUGGUGAAAAACAGUUGGGGUCAGCGAUGGGGUGACCAUGGUUAUAUCAAAAUGGCUAGGAACUAUAACAACAUGUGUAGUAUUGCGACCCUUGCUAGUUACCCUAUUUUGAGAUAGCAGACUCAUCGUUUGAAAUUUUUUAUGAAUUUUCUUUUUAAACCAUAUUACAUCUAUUUUUGAUCAUUGCUGUUUUGUUAGGUAGUUACCUAUCACUUAAUCAUCUUGUACAAGGAAUAUAACUCUUUCAGAAACCUUAUACUAAACUUCUAUUGCUUCGUUCGGUUUUUCACUAGCGGAGAGCUGUCACUAUAAUAGUCAUACUUGCUCCACUGACGAGCGCCGUUCAAUGUUUCCACUAAUUCAUGUGCGAAACGAUUUCUAAAGACGGCUGAGAUGGAUCUGUAAUACUAUAUAGUAUAAAGAUUAAUAUACACACUCUAGUGAUAAAU